ACGUAGGAUAGGAAGAUAACGCAAAAAUCACAGACAACCUUUUCUCCUCCUUCCUCAACAUAUCCUCUCCCUCUCUUUUUCAUUUUCCCCCUAUUCCUCUCUCACACACAGUCACACAGUCAGUCGGAGGAGAGAGAAAGAAGGAGAGAGAAAGAGAUGGCAGCGGUCUCAUUCAUGUCAACUGUGCCUUCGUUGGUUCAACCUACCUCAGCCCCUAAACAUUUUCCUAGACAUAAUUCUAGCACAGUAAAUUGCAAAAUCGGAGCUGAUUCUGAUCAUGAGAAUGGCUUCUCACGGCGCCACAUUCUUCAAUCAUUCGGAAUUGGAGCCACCAUCGGCAUUGACUUGAUAGCAAGGUCCACCUCAUUCGUUGAAGUGGCUAAUGCUGCUGAUUUGAUAGAACGGAAGCAACGUUCGGAGUUUCUGUCGCAAAUGAAGGGGACAUUCGCUACUGUUCUGAAGGGGAAUCAAGAUCUCGUGCCGUCUGUAUUAACUUUGGCACUCAAUGAUGCCGUAACUUAUGAUAAGGCAACAAAAUCUGGAGGCCCAAAUGGAUCAAUACGGUUUAGCUCAGAGAUUAGCCGACCAGAAAAUAAGAAUCUCGCGGCUGCUUUAAAUCUGUUGGAGGAAACGAAGAAGGAAAUAGAUUCGUACUCCAAAGGAGGACCUAUAUCGUACGCCGAUCUCAUCCACUUUGCAGCUCAAAGUGCAGUUAAAUCUACGUUCCUGGCGUCAGCCAUUCGUAAAUGUGGUGGGAAUGAACAAAAAGGGGCCAUACUGUACACUGCAUAUGGUUCGAGUGGGCAGUGGGGACUGUUUGAUAGGCAGUUUGGAAGGUCGGAUGCCGGAAAACCCGAUCCUGAAGGAAGGGUCCCUCAAUGGGAUAAUUCCACUGUCGUUGAAAUGAAGAACAAAUUUUCUAAUCUCGGCUUUGGCCCCCGUCAGCUAGCUGUGAUGUCGGCAUUCUUGGGUCCGGACCAAUCUGCAACUGAGGCAUUACUUGCCUCCGAUCCGGAAGUGUUGCCAUGGGUUCAGAAGUACCAACGUAGCCGUGAAACAGUAUCGCAAACUGAUUAUGAGGUUGACCUGAUCACCGCGCUGACAAAAUUGAGUUCGUUGGGGCAGCAAAUCAAUUAUGAGGCGUAUACGUAUCCUGUCAAAAGAGUUGAUUUUAGCAAACUCAAACUAUAGAGAUGCAUGCAAAAACUAUAUUGCUUCCUUGUUUAAUUUUUGUGCGUAAAUUUGUUACAUUACAAACGGAAGAAUAGUUGUGUGGCUACAAGAAAACUUCGUGUUACUAGAUUAAAGUUUUUUUACGGUAACAAGAAAAAGGAAUGUCGAGCUAUAAGCUUUUAUAAUAAAAUCAUUGUGCUUGUAACAAUGUAAUUCUUUACGUGAUUCGAUUGAGUACACGGUGAUUUUACUUGA